AUGACUUCUCACUUUGACUUGAUGCAAUUUGAGGGCCAUGCCGACUUGACAGGAGGCGGUAUGAGCGGAUCUUGCCCCAACCAGCCAGCUGCGGUGACACGCAUGAUACAAAAUGCCCGGUCUCCCAGCCCAGCCGGUCCCUUAGGGGAUUCCAUCGUCGUGGAAUUCGACAACUCUCUGUCAAUUGCCGCAGAGGGCGGAAAUAACGGAAAUGGAGGGCCGCGGACUCCGCGUUCCGGAAAGAGCAAUGCCGUAUACUUUUCCAGAAAGACUCCCUCAUCCGACUUCGACUCACCCGAAGAGUGCCUUGUUGGCGACACACAUUCUCCCGUUAGCAACACACCUCACGAUGCAGCCAAGGCUCUGACUAGCGUCUCCGAUGCAGCUUUGCUCAAGGUCAACUAUGCACUACGCAUAUGCAUUCGGGCCGACUAUGUCGAAUUUUUGGAAACAAACCUGCCACGCUGGGUCAGAGAUGGUAUUUGGCGUACAGUCUGGUUUCCAAACGAGGCCAAGGGCGCUGACGGAUACGAAAGCUUACAAAAGGCCUACUGGAAUGUGUGCCUGUUAGAUAGGCAGAUGGGAGAUGAUGCUAUCAGAAGCAGGAUGGCUAUGGUCCUACUUCACCUGGAAUAUGAAAAGGCUUGCCGCACGUGGAAAAACCGCACAGCCACCUGUGAAAAGCCAGCUACAGGAGUGGGAAGAGGAGGUAUUAGUUGCUUGAUUGAUAAUAUUAUUAAAAAUACCUAUCCGGAGUGGGCUGCUGCUAGCUCUGAAGAAAAAUCUGAGAUGCGAGCCAAAUUUCACGAUAGGAAGCGGAAGAAUACGGCCGUCACCGCCAAGAUGAUCAAGGAAAUAGAGCGGGCUAUACAAAAUUCCAAGACGGGGUUGAUCGACAUUUUGAACCUGGUAAAUCCAAUUGCUCAGAGCUUAUUCCUGAACCGCGGAUAUGGCAGCCACAAUGUCCAAAAAGUACUAAAAUCUCUCCGAGCGACCCAUGUGAGAACAGCAGCCGACGACAAGUCUGUGUGA